AUGGCUGGCCUCGGCCCCAUUGAUCUGUCCAUGACGAAUGGUGCAGCGGAGAAGAAACGAGUUGCAUACUUCUACGACUCUGAUGUUGGUAAUUAUGCUUACGUCGCGGGGCAUCCUAUGAAACCCCAUCGGAUCCGAAUGACCCAUAGUUUGGUGAUGAAUUAUGGCUUGUACAAGAAGAUGGAGAUCUAUCGCGCUAAACCUGCCACCCGGCUUGAAAUGACCCAGUUUCACACUGAUGAAUAUAUCGAUUUCCUGUCAAAGGUUACUCCUGAUAACAUGGAGGGCUUUCAAAAGGAACAGCAACGUUAUAACGUCGGCGAUGACUGUCCCGUGUUUGAUGGACUUUUCGAGUUUUGCGGAAUUAGUGCGGGUGGCUCCAUGGAGGGGGCUGCACGUCUCAAUAGGGGAAAAUGCGAUAUUGCUGUCAACUGGGCUGGUGGCUUACAUCACGCGAAAAAGAGCGAAGCAAGCGGCUUUUGCUACGUUAACGACAUCGUCCUGGGAAUUCUCGAGCUCCUUCGGUUUAAACAGCGCGUACUUUAUAUUGAUAUUGAUGUACACCAUGGAGAUGGCGUUGAAGAAGCGUUCUACACGACCGACCGUGUGAUGACCGUUUCAUUUCACAAGUACGGCGAGUACUUCCCUGGCACUGGAGAGCUUCGCGAUAUUGGCGUAGGUGCCGGUAGAUAUUAUGCGGUGAACGUUCCUCUUCGCGAUGGCAUCGAUGACAUCUCAUACAAAGGUAUUUUUGAACCAGUUAUCAAGAAUGUCAUGGAAUGGUAUCGCCCUGAGGCUGUUGUCCUUCAGUGCGGAGGUGAUAGUUUAUCUGGUGACCGUCUUGGUUGCUUCAAUUUGAGUAUGCGAGGUCACGCCAAUUGCGUGAAGUACGUCAAAGGCUUUGGCCUUCCCACAAUGAUUCUAGGGGGUGGCGGUUACACGAUGAGGAACGUUGCCCGGACGUGGUCGUUUGAAACCGGACUUCUUGUCGGGGAUCAACUGCCUACAGAGUUGCCAUACAAUGAUUACUAUGAGUAUUUUUCACCUGAUUACGAACUGGAUGUCCGCCCUUCGAACAUGGACAACAACAACUCGAGAGAGUAUAUCGACAGGAUUCGAACCCAAGUCAUUGAGAAUCUCAAGCGUUCGGCUCAUGCACCUUCCGUGCAAAUGACCGAUGUUCCCCGUGACGCCUUGGUCGACGGUAUGGAUGACGAAGCUGAUGCGAUCCUCGAUGAUUUGGAUGAGGAUGAAAACAAGGAUAAGAGAUUCACGAAACGGCGAUUCGAUCAGUACAUUGAGAAAGACGGUGAACUCAGUGAGAGCGAAGACGAAGAACUUGCAGCCGCGAAUGGCGUUCGCCGCCAGCCUAAUGGCAUCAAAAGGCGUAAUCAAGUCAGCUACGAGAACUUGGAGCCUGAAUCUGGAAUCAACAGCGGUGUUGCUACGCCACGAGAUGCAUCUUCGGUUGCGGAUGACGAUGGGAUCCUAGAUGAGAAAAUGGAAGAUGUAGCAGACACCGAUGUGCAAGACAAACGGUCGCCGACCCCUACCGCAGAGCCGUCAACCCGAUCUGAGUCAAGGAUGGACACAGAAGACACAUCUGUGGUAGACCUGCCUACAACUGCUACUGCUGAACUUGAAGAAAAGGGGCCAGUGGCAUCACCACCAGCGUCAAGACAGGAAUCGUUACAGCCGAAUGGGGUUGGGAAUACCAUGAUGGAUACCACCAUGGAAGAUGUCACCCCCACACAAGAACCGUCCGAGCCACCGACGGCGGCCGGUGAGGCCUUGGUAGCAACACCACCAAAAUCACCACAACCAGAAGAUUCGAACCUAUCACACGCGACUCCGCCUGCAAGGACUGAAGAGCCCUCGACAAAUGCUGAGUAA